AUGUACGGUUCUGAUACUAAUGUAAGUAAAAUGAAAGAUAAACAUGUAAUUUUAUCUGAAUGGGUUAACCCUAGAAAGAAACGUGUAUAUGAAUCGGAGGACGAAUUAUCCACCGGACAGAUAUCCGCGGUACAAAAACCGGCCUGUUGCACGGAGAACAUGCUAAGCUCACUAAAAGAAACGAUGGAUUCAUUACGUGAGGAAAUGAAGAUCAUGAUGCAUACUCUUAAAGAAAUGAAAGACCAACAGGAAACACGUUUUGGGAAUUUUGAAAAAGAUAUGUCAGAUAUAAAAAUUACAAAAUGCCAGUUGCAGAAAACUAAUGAAGUCGUUGACGACUCAUUGGAUUAUCUCGGCAAAAAAUGUUCAAAACUGGAGAACGCCAUCGAGGAGGCGAACAACGAAUACUGGGAAAAAGAUGGCCUGGUUGACGACGUACUGCAGCAACUUGUAAUCGAUCUUGGAGGAGAGGAGUCAUCCGACAGCGAGAUCGAAAAUGAAGAAGAAGAAGACAGUUUAGACCAUGAUAUUGUACCAAUUAUUUAUAGUGAAGAUGAAUUUUGA